AUGGUAUUAGAAAAUUUCAACUUUUCUACUGAAGAUACAUUCGUUAAGAAUGCAGCUGGACAUAGCCAAGCAUCAGGUAAUAUAGUGAGGAGUGUUGAUAGUCUGAUUUCAAGCUCACGUGAAAGGAGAAUCAGAAUAGUUAGAGAUGAGUUUAUGAAUCUAAGAGAUGCCUUAGGAAUUGGUGACGAGAGAGAUGAUGUGAUUGACAUGGCUACUAGGUUCUUUACAAUGGCUGUUGAACAAAACUUCACUAGAGGACGCAGAACAGAGCUAGUUCAGUCUUCUUGCCUUUACUUGACUUGCAGGGAAAAGGACAUUCCGUUUCUUCUUAUCGAUUUUUCGAGUUAUCUUCGAGUUAGCGUUUACGAGUUAGGUUAUGUGUACUUGAAACUCUGUGAGAUGCUCUACCUUGUAGAGAAUAGGAACUAUGAGAAGCUUGUUGAUCCUUCGAUUUUCAUUCCUCGAUUCUCAAACAUUUUAUUGAAAGGUACACAGAAUAAAGCUGUAGUGGAAACAGCUAAAGACAUUAUAGCUAAGUAUGAAGAGAAAUUGGAUGCAGACCGGUCGGAAACCAAGUGGAAUAUGUGGAGCAGCACUUUACAUAGCUGCUCUUUCUCAUGGUAUCAAGUGCCCUAA